GGGCCCACGAAAUUGUUGGAUUAUCCUGCCCGCGACGCCACUUUCCCGGAGAUGAAGCAGUGUUCUUGGCUGAAUUAUUCGAUCGGAUAUUAUGUUGAUCAUUGAUGCAAGGGCGUGUAUGUGUGUGGAGUAUUCCUCGGCUGUUCUCUUGUGCAGAGGAACGACAGGGACGGGGAGACUUUGGAGCAGAGUAGGUAUGGAUAUAGAGAUAGAAUAGUACAAAGAUGGGUUACAGGGCGAUAUGCGUAUGAUCAGCCACGAUCCGAUCUUAUUUUAUUCUGGACUUCUUCUUGUCGUCGUCGUCUCAACGAUGAUGCGGCUCUCCAUGUCUUUGUUACGCCAUGGCUGGGCUCUCUUCGCAUCCGCUCCCCUGCGCCUUCGCGUGGGGACCACCACCACCAUUUCCCUCCCGAAUCGCCACGUGCGGUUGAACCCCGUGGAUCAUACGCCGCCCAUGCUCAUGCACGCCUCCAUGUGCGUACACAAUCUCCUCCUGCAUAGAUUCUGCAUUGCAUAUUGCAUAACAAACAGCUUCGAGGAUUCGACUUCAUUCGUCGACGAUGAUUUAUAUAUAAUUUAAUCUGCCCAGGUGGACCAUGUUUUGGUUCACAACAGGCAUGUCCGGCGUUCACAAUGCAUCAUCACGUGAUGACGCAUCAAUGGCUGCC